AUGGACAUGAUCACGAGUCAGGCCAACAAUGUCAAGAUUUACUUGCAAGCUGCCCACAGUGCUGCAGUUCUAGCUUCCUGCUCUGGGUCUCCCGGAAAAGCCCAGAGCAGCUCUGGCCCUGACAAUGCUCUCGUCCGGGCCAAGAACUUAACACGACUGCCCCCCAUUACGAGAGGCCUGAGCCUCAAAGUGCAGGAAGGUGGGAAGGAAAAAGAAGAAGAGGCAGCACUAGCAGAAUUUCACAAAAAAAUCAAAGAGGCUUUUGAAGUGUUUGACCAUGAGUCGAAUAAUACAGUGGAUGUCAGAGAGAUCGGCACAAUCGUCAGGUCAUUAGGAUGCUGCCCUAAUGAAGGAGAGCUACACGAUCUGAUUGCAGAGGUAGAGGAAGAAGAACCCACUGGAUACAUUCGAUUUGAAAAAUUUCUUCCAGUGAUGACCAACGUACUGCUGGAAAGAAGAUACAGACCAGUUCCAGAAGAUAUCCUUCUCCGUGCUUUUGAGGUAUUAGACCCAGCUAAACGUGGGUUUCUUUCUAAGGAAGAGCUGAUCAAGUAUAUGACCGAAGAAGGUGAGCCCUUUUCCCAGGAGGAAAUGGAAGAAAUGUUGUCUGCUGCGAUCGAUCCAGAAUCAAAUUCGAUUCAUUACAAGGACUAUAUAACAAUGAUGGUGAUAGAUGAAAAUUAAACUCUCUAAAUACUUAAUUUCUUAUCGAAAGGAUGAUUUUGAAAACUGCUUGUCCUUGUUAAUUUUACACUUUAUCUUAUAAUUCCAACAUAUGCUAAUUAAUGCUUUAUGACAACUAUUUCAAGAUAUUUUGUUUUUUAAAAGAUGAUCAUAUUAAAAAAUGUAUUUGGUAUGUCUUGC